ACACCAUUCCCUCUCAGGGAAAUAAUGUAAUCAACUCAUGGUUUUUAAAUUGAAUGAGCAACGGACUGGAUUUCUUCUUAAUCUUCACAUCUGUGUCAAGAGAAUCUUGUCUUCUUUGGAACCUCAGCCAUGAGCUGGAUGUUCCUCAGAGACCUCUUGAGUGGAGUAAAUAAAUACUCCACGGGGAUUGGGCGGAUCUGGCUGGCUGUCGUGUUCAUCUUCCGUUUGCUGGUCUACAUGGUGGCGGCAGAACACGUGUGGAAAGAAGAGCAGAAAGAGUUUGAGUGCAACGUUAGACAGCCCGGUUGUGAAAAUGUGUGUUUUGACUACUUCUUCCCCAUCUCCCAGGUCAGAUUUUGGGCCUUACAACUAAUCAUGGUCUCCACGCCUUCACUGCUGGUGGUUCUACAUGUAGCCUAUCGCGAGGGUAGAGAGAGAAGGCACAGGAAGAAACUCUAUGUCAGCCCAGGCACCAUGGGUGGAGGCCUGUGGUACACUUACCUUAUCAGCCUCGUGGUUAAAACCAGUUUUGAAAUUGGCUUCCUGGUUUUAUUUUACAAGCUAUACGAUGGCUUUCGUGUUCCCUACCUCGUGAAGUGUGAUCUGAAGCCCUGCCCCAAUACUGUGGACUGCUUUGUCUCCAAACCCACGGAGAAAACGAUUUUCAUCCUCUUCCUCGUCGUGACUUCAUGCCUGUGCAUUGUAUUGAAUGUCACUGAACUGAGCUUUUUGGUCCUCAAGUGUUUUACUAAGUGCUGCCUCCAAAAAUAUUCUAAAAGACUCAAGUUCUCCAUGUGUGAAUGCCACAACCUCAGGUAUGUUAGGUGUGCUGAGAUAGGGGCCCCUCCCCUGCUCCAUAAGCACUCUUCAGACUUGACCACAAGCAUAGCCCAGGGAGGUGAAACAAAGUUACUCUGUGACACGCAAGAGGUUUAAAGGAAGCAAAACCUGCAUCUCCCUUAAGCAAGACCUAGGCUUCCUUGGAAAACAAAGCGUGUCAACUUUAAUGUCAUUUGGGAGGAAUUCUUAAAAAUUUUCACGCUCAGUUGUAUAUACUAGACAGAGGUCUCAUUGUUUGGUUGUAGGCUUCAUGAGGCUACAUGAGUUGUGUUUGAAUCAGUUCAGUUCAGUUGCUCGGUCUGUCCGACUCUUUGCGAUAGUUAACUGCAAAUUAGUUUGAAGAAAUCCAACAACUUUCUUCUAAGCACUUAGAUCUAUCAACUGGAAAACACAGAAAGUGACACUUCUGACAAAUGUGACAGCCUCCAAGCAACCAUGGAGGCGCUGGUGAUCUUUCUCAAGUUGCAGCCAAGGCUCCCCUCACUCAGCCCUGCUCAGUCUCUGUGGAGAAAGAACGUGAUGAGGGUGGAGUAGCAGCUGAGCCAGGGGCACACAGGAGUCCAUUCAGUGAGAAGGUUCAGUCCAGGACACUUUGCAGUACAGGUGUCUCUGGAUAGAAGUGGACUAGGGGAAAGGGAAGAAAACCAUCAUUUAUUGGUCUCCAACUUCCCAGGUGGCUCUGAUGAUAAAGAAUCCGCCUGUCAAUGCAGGAGACCUGGGUUCGAUCCCUGGGUGGGGAAGACCCCCUGGGGAAGGAAGUGGCAACCCAUUCCAGUAUUCUCGCCUGGAGAAUCCCAUGGACAGAGGAGCCUGGCAGGCUACAGUCCAUAGGGUUGCAAAGAGUUGGACACGACUGAGUAUGCAUGCAAGGCAACUUAAAUACAAAUAUUCCUGGGGGGAUAGUCCACUUGAGCCUGAACUAGCAGACAUCUGCAAGGGGCACUGUAGUCACGAGGGAGGUAGGUCCCACGUGGAUGGGGAGCAGAAUCCAGGAAAAUAAUAUAACCACCUGAUAAUUUCUGAACACUUAUUUUAAACCAUAGAACACUCAAUGAUUUUGUACAUUUCCAUACUGUUGGACCUUUCUACAAGCAGAAUUCACAAGGGUCAUGGUUUGCCUACAAUUUGCUGGUACAUCUCCCUCUGGAAUAGAUAGUAACAGUGUACUAGGCUGUUAUGUUAGUGUAAAAAAAAGUUAAAAAAAAAAGAUGUUUAUUAUUACUUGAA